AAAAUCUCGAGAAUAAAUUAUCAGUGUUCGGUGAUCUACUCGACAUCAACUGACUUCUUCUAGCUCUUAGCUUAAUUACCAUUUAUUUAAGGAAAAUGAAAGUUACUCUUCGCUGUCUGGUUCUUUUCGGUAUUGUCGCCGCUCUUCAAGCAGCUGUGAUUAGUCAAGAUGAAUCUGUUGACGAAUCCAAGGGCGAACAGUAUCGCGAAAAGCGUGGAUUCGCAAGCGGUGGAGGUGGAUAUGGCGGAGGUGGCAGCUCCGGAUACGGUGGAGGAGCCGGCGGUGGAGCUGGUGGAUAUGGAGUAGGUUAUGGUGGAGCCGCAGCUAUUGCGCAGGAAGCUGCCAAUGCAGCCAAGGCAGCACAGAACGCACAGGCCGGAGCUGCAGCUCAGGCUGCCCAACAAGCACAGGCCACCCUUGCUGCACAGGCCGUUCAAGCUGCCCAGCAAGCCCAAGCUGUCGUAGCCGCCAAACAGGCCCAAGCUGCCCAGAUCUCCCAGGCCGCCCAAGCCGCCCAGGCUGCUGCUUUCGCUGAAUCCGCUCAGGCCGCUCAAGCCGCCCAGGCUGUUCAGGCUGCCGAAGCCACUAAAGUCCAGGCUCUUCAACAGGCUCAGGCUUUGGCCGCUGCUGCUAAAGCUGCGCAGUCUCACGCUGCACAGGCUGUUGCUGCUGUCCAAGCUGCUCAGGCCCAACAAGCUUCCCAAGCUCAGAUGGCCUACCAGGCCCAAGCAAACGCCCAAGCUUUGGCGUACAAACAACAAGCUUCUUUGGCUGAUUUGGCAGCUGCCCAGCAGGCAGCCAACAAGGCUUACUCAGCUGCCCAAGCUGCCCAGGCCACAGCUGUCGGUGGUGGUGGUUCCUACGGUGGAUUUGGCAGCGGUUACGGUGGAAGCUCAGGAGGCUGCCCGGCUUGUUAAAUGUUGUACCCCCGGAACUGUCUACUUGAUAAAACUCACCUUGGAUAACCUGCUUACCAAGAAUGUUAAAUGUUUACGUCUAAUGUCUACCAAGAUUGUAGAUCAAUCUGUUCUUCAUAGAUACGCUAUGUUGUGAAGAGUUUCAAGCAAAUACAUUCACUGUGGUCGCUUAAAUGAA